GACCGGAAGCUGACAAAGGUGGAGCAGCAGCGCUUCAAGGAGGAGGCCGAGAUGCUCAAGGGGCUCCAGCACCCGAACAUUGUCCGGUUCUACGACUCCUGGGAGUCGACACUGAGGGGCAAGAAGUGCAUCGUCCUCGUCACCGAGCUCAUGACCUCGGGCACCCUCAAGACGUACCUGAAGAGGUUCAAGGUGAUGAAGCCCAAGGUGCUGCGGAGCUGGUGCCGCCAGAUCCUGAAGGGGUUGCAGUUCCUGCACACCAGGACCCCCCCCAUCAUCCAUCGCGACCUCAAGUGUGACAACAUCUUCAUCACCGGCCCCACUGGCUCCGUCAAGAUCGGGGACCUGGGGCUGGCCACGCUCAUGAGGACCUCCUUCGCCAAGAGUGUCAUUGGGACCCCUGAGUUCAUGGCCCCCGAGAUGUAUGAGGAGCGUUACGACGAGUCCGUGGACGUUUACGCCUUCGGGAUGUGCCUGUUGGAGAUGGGCACGUCCGAGUACCCCUACUCUGAGUGCCACAACGCCGCCCAGAUCUACAGAAAAGUCACCAGUGGCAUCAAGCCGGCGAGUCUGCACAAGGUGCGGGACCCCGAGGUGAAGGAGCUCAUCGAGGGCUGCAUCCGGCAGAACCGGGACGAGAGGCUCUCCAUCCGGGACCUCCUGGCACACUCGUUCUUCGCCGAGGACACGGGGCUGAGGGUGGAACUGGCCGAGGACCCCGGGGGUCCCGACCCCGCCCUGGCCCUGCGGCUCCGCGUCGAGGACCCCAAGAAGCUCAAGGGGAAGCACAAGGACAACGAGGCCAUCGAGUUCAGCUUCGACCUGGACACCGACGACCCCGACGAGGUGGCCCAGGAGAUGGUGAGAUCCGGGUUCUUCCACGAGAGCGACUCCAAGGCCGUGGCCAAAUCCAUCCGGGACCGGCUGGUGCUGGUGCGGAGGGCGCGGGAGCGGCGCCCGGGGGGGUCCCGGGGGGGCCCCGAGAACGAGGACCCCGAGG